AUGGAUCAAAGACCUGAGUCCAGCUACCUGGCGCGAGUCUUCCACGCUAUGGUAAGUUGCCUUUGCAAGACCUCAAUCAGGUUGCCCUCCAGCUAACCAUCAUAGCUACCACCGCCACCACCUCCUCCAAUGGCUCGCCCUCGAAUCCGCGGCCCACCCCACGUCACCCAAGCCCUCGCCAGGCCUCUGGGCACACAACUUCUUGCUUUGCCCUACGGGCCAAACUCUGUUGCUGGGCUUCGUCCCAACCCUUAUCGAAUGGUCUCGCCUGCGUCCGCUCUUCUCGCUUCGCCCUAUGGGCCAAACCCUAUUGCUGGGCUUCGUCCCAACCCCUAUCGCAUGGCUGCUCGAGCUUCCGCACCUGCUCCUCUGCCUCUGCCUGCGCCUGCUGCUGUUCCUGCCCCUGCUCCAGCGCCAGCGCCAGCGCCAGCGCCAGCGCCUGUGCCUGUUCCCGCCGCUGCCCCGGCCUCUGCCUCCCAAGGCAUGCUACAACAACCUCAAGGUCGCCCCCUCCACCCCGCAAUCCGCCCGGAGGCCGCCGCCGCCGCUUCUGCUGCUCGCUCGCGGCUUGCCAUUGAAAUAAAGAAAGAAGAAUGA